AUGACUUGGCGUAGUAUGAUCUUGCUUUUAGGUCACUGUUAUGUGAGAGAUCGUUUUAGUUUGUAUGUGCGCAAGCGGUAUGUUCAAAGGGAUUCGGCUUCUUACUUGUAUUGGCAGUUUACUCGUAACUCACGACUUAAUUUUUUUUCAGAUGAACUUCUUUGGAGUGUUGUCCUUCACGGCGCCGUACCUGCCUUGGGUUCUACUGCUUUUCUCACUUUUGCUAGGGAACAAUGCGAUAGUAUCGCUUGCGGACAUUUCUACUUUUUCCUGGAAGACGUGUUCCCUUACCAACAGCAUGGUACACGCUUGCUAGUGACCCCUGGCUGGUUGAAAUGGAUAUUUGAUGAACGACAGGCAGAUCCUGUCCCUGAAGAGGAACGGCCAGGUGGUUUUGGAUGGGGUGUGGAAGACGAAUAG